AUGGUGAAGUACCAGCCUCAGCUGAUGACAGAGAAUGAUACACUAAAAGAAAAGAUCGAAGGCGUGGAUCACAGUUCCCAGCAUGAGGAAGAUGAGGAAGGGGUACCAGCCCACCUGAAAUCACUACAACCGAGUAAGAAAGAUGAAAACAAAAUGAUAGAUGCCCUUGACUGGGAAGCAGAAGAGAUCACAGAGUCCAGAAAUGAGAGCCACCUACACUGGUCUGAUACAUCUUUCUCUCUGGAAGAUUUAUUUCAAUUGCUUUCGUCACAGCCUGAACAUUCCCUGGAGGGCAUCUCACUGGAAGACAUUCCACCUUUUCUAAGCAGUGUCAAUGAAAGUGUCAAUUCCUCAGCACGUAACACAAACUUAAGCCAUGCUAUAAGCCAUGAUGUCAAUCUUCAUGAAGCCAUGCUGUUGUGUCCCAACAACACAUUUAGAAGAGAUCCAGCAAGGACUUCUCAGGCACAAGAACCAUUUCUGCAAUUAAAUUCUCAUGUCAAUCCUCAGCAAGUCAUUCCUGGAAUGUCCUUUUCACCAGCUGACAAUCAAAUGAGGAAUCUAACAAGCCAAGAUCUCCUGUACGACCUUGAUUCAAAUAUAUUUGAUGGAAUAAACCUAAUGUCAUUGGCCACAGGAUUCAGUCCCCUGGAAGUUUCUCAACUUUUUGAAGAACCAGACUCUAAUUCUGGGCUCUCAUUAAAUUCAAGUUAUAACACAAAGUCUAAUUCUUCUCAUUGUAUGUAUGAUGGUGCUGUAGGUUACAAUUGCCAUGAUCUAGGUGCUGUAGGAGGCUACUACCCAGAACCCCAUAAACAUUGUUAUAUGGACCAUAGGACUGUAUCUGGCUUUCACCAGGAUCUCAAAUGUCAGCAAAUAUUUCAUGACCACACUUACCACAUACAGCCAGAUGCACUAGAGCCCAAGUCUGAAUCUUUUACAUGGUCUGAGAAGUCAAAGAAAAUCAGUGAGUGCCAUGAUGACCCAGAAAGAAACUUGAGCCGUGAUGAACAGCGUGCUAAAGACCUGCAUAUUCCCUUUUCUGUAGAUGAAAUUGUCCAAAUGCCUGUUGACUCUUUCAACAGCAUGUUAAGCAGACACUACCUGACAGAUUUACAAGUUUCUCUCAUCCGGGACAUCAGACGAAGAGGAAAAAACAAAGUUGCUGCUCAGAACUGUCGUAAACGUAAACUAAACAUCAUUCUAAGGCUAGAAGAUGAUAUCUGUAACUUGCAAACCAAGAAAGAGGCUCUUAAGAGUGAGCAAGCUCAAUGUCACAAAGCUAUUGGCAUGAUGAAACAGCAGCUGCAUGACCUCUACUACAAUGUUUUUAGUAGGUUGAGAGAUGACCAAGGUAGGCCAGUCAACCCAAACCACUAUGCACUUCAGUACAGCCAUGAUGGUACUGUUCUGAUUGUACCAAAAGAACUGGUCACAUCAGGCCACAAAAAGGAAACACCAAAGGGAAAGAGGGAGAGAAAAAACUAAACAGGCUGCAGUGGUUUGAAGAGUACUGCUACUUGAAUCAUUCAGUUAAGGGUACAUGUUGAAGUUCAUAUUGAUGUUUAUGACUCAAGGUUAUGCUUCUGUGAAGUUGGGAGAGCCACACCUUUUCAUGGACCACUUCUGUACUGAAA